UCAUGCAUAAAUUAAAGGAUCACCGAUCUAUUAGUAUGCCGGAAAUCAAUCAAGAAUGUGAGGUAUUAUUGGAAUUGAAAUAAUAGCUAGCAGUGUUUGAUUCUGGUGAUCGAUCAGAUCAGUUUACGAGCUGAGCUGAGCAUGGGGGAAAUCGUGUUUGGUAAUCCUCUGGUUGUGAUCGGUCCGGAAUACUGUGCUCCUCACCAUCUUCAAAUUUCAAUCCACAAAAAGCUAUACUUGUUGGCAGGCCACGGAUACGAAGUCAAAGAUGCUGCCAAUGACACAAUCCUCUUCAAAGUCGAAAACAUCCCCACUUUCUUCAAUAGCAGCAAGGUUGUUGUCUUUGAUCCCGCCGGAAACUCCAUCCUCACUCUCCGACGAAAGGCAUUUGCGUGGCGAACCAGAUGGGAAGUUUACAGAGGAGAAAGCAAGGAGGAGAAAGACAUGAUCUUCAGCGCAACAACAUCUUCGGUGUUCCAGAUCAGCACAAACCUAGACGUGUUCUUAGCCGGCAACACAUCGGAACAAAUGUGCGAUUAUAAGAUGAAGACAAGCUUCACGCAGUGGACAUGGGAUAUCUAUGUUGGAGCAUCUUCUUCUACCUUAAUUGCUCAGAUGCAGGAGAAAGUGAGUAUGUGGAGUAUAUUAUUGGGAGAGGAUAAUUUCAUGGUGACGCUGCAGCCAAAUGUGGACCAGGCCUUCAUUGUUGCUCUUAUAGUAAUUCUCCAAGAGAUCGUCAGAGCGCCUGCAAGAAGAAUACGAUAUCGAUCCAGGCCUGGUAGUAGCAGUGCGAAAGUUUUUUUUAUUUUUUUAUUUUUGUAUUUUAUUUUUGUAUUUUUUAACCCCAGGAAACAUUGCGAAACUGAUUUAUCCUAUUUUAUUAGCAGUAAUAAUGUGGUUGAUUCUUCGUGGGUACCAGGGGCUUGUCCUCCCACUUAACGAGUCACUAAGUCACCAUGAUUUAUCUUAUUUUUCUUUUCCUAAGAUUAGACUAAUAUAUGAGGCUUUAGUGAGAGAAUUUUGACUUUUGUAGAUAAUAAAUAACAGUUCUCAUCACCAUUGAACAUGCA